AUGCCUGCCACCUCCCACCUGCUGUCCCGCGCGGGCGCCCAAUUGGCCUCGCGGGGGUCAAUUGCGCUGCGAGGCGCCCUGCCGACGACACGAGGCGCCGACUUUGCUGCGCGCACGCCGUCUCUGGCUGCCCUCGCCCGCUACUAUGCCUCCAAAUCCUACCCCUCGCACACGGUUAUCAGCAUGCCCGCCCUCUCCCCGACCAUGACGGCCGGAAACGUGGGCGCGUGGCAGAAGAAGGUCGGCGACUCGAUAGCCCCCGGCGACGUGCUCGUCGAGAUCGAGACCGACAAGGCCCAGAUGGACUUUGAGUUCCAGGAGGAGGGCACCGUUGCCAAGAUCCUGUGCGACGCCGGCACAAAGGACGUGGCCGUGGGAAGCCCCAUUGCUGUCCUGGUCGAAGAGGGUGAGGACGUGUCCGCCUUCGAGUCCUUCUCCAUCGACGACGCCGGCGGCGCCAAGAAGCCCGACACCCCCUCCAAGCAGGGCGACGCCUCCGAGGCCAGCGAACCUGCAGACUCUGGCUCCAAGACUGCACCCCCAUCCAACGAGGAGCCCGCCCCCGCCGCCACCGAGUCCGACUCCACCGGCGCACGCCUGCAAACCGCCCUCCAGCGCCAGUCCUCUGCAUCGCCCGCUGUCAAGAAACUCGCCCUGGAGAAGGGUGUUCCUCUUGGCUCCAUCAAGGGCUCUGGAAAGGGCGGCGCCAUCACCAAGGAGGACAUUGAAAAUUACAAGCCCACCGGAGGAGCCCCCGCCGCCGCCGGUGCCACGUCCAGUGCCGCCUCCUACGAGGACACCGAGGCCACCAGCAUGCGCAAGGUCAUUGCCACCCGUCUCACCGAGAGCAUGCAGCAGAACCCCCACUACUUUGUCGCCUCCAGCAUCUCCGUCUCCAAGAUGCUCAAGCUCCGCGAGGCCCUGAAUGCUUCGGCAGACGGCAAGUACAAGCUGUCCGUCAACGAUCUGCUCGUCAAGGCCCUCGGUGUUGCCGCCCGCAAAGUCCCCGCUGCCAACUCGUCAUGGCGUGAGAUUGACGGAAAGGUCAUCAUCCGCCAGCACAAUGUCGUCGAUGUCUCCGUCGCUGUUUCCACUCCAAUCGGCCUCAUGACCCCCAUCGUCAAGAACGUCAACUCCCUCGGACUCUCGGCUGUCUCAUCACAGAUCAAGGAUCUCGGCAAGCGCGCACGGGAUGGCAAGCUUAAGCCUGAGGAGUACCAGGGCGGAACCAUUACCAUCUCCAACAUGGGUAUGAACGCUGCCGUUGAGCGCUUCACCGCCGUCAUCAACCCCCCACAAGCCUGCAUCGUUGCCAUUGGCACAACAAAGAAGGUCGCGGUACCUGGCGAGCCCACCGAGGACGGCACAGCUAGCAUCGAGUGGGACGACCAGAUUGUCAUCACCGGUAGCUUCGACCACAAGGUCGUCGAUGGUGCUGUCGGUGGUGAGUUCAUGAAGGAGCUGAAGAAGGUGAUUGAGAGCCCAUUGGAGCUCAUGCUAUAG